AUUUCAAAGUCUCGGUUUCAUCUGAACAACCAGAGUUCCUAUUUCGCUCCUGAUGGAGUGAUUCUAUAUCCUCAACUCCCUGGAGUCAUAGAAAGUAUCAUCCCAUACACGCAUUCUUUCUUUUUUCCUCGUGGAUGUGAAUGAUUCACUUUCUCACCGUAUUGUGAUUAUAGAUACCCUUUUUUUUUCAGGAACAGGCUAGUUUUGUUUAUGGUUUUUAUUCUUUUUUCACACUUAAACAAUACCUUUCAAAGCCGUAUCGUUAUGGAUCUCGGCGUCAUAUAUUCUGAAGCGAGAUAAUUGUUAUUUUCUAGAUGCAACAAUAUCUCAAGUCAGAUCGACUCUAGGUGGAAUGGUAUGCAAGCACGAUCACUCAUCAAUAAACAUCCAGCAAUACAUGUCACCUUACUCUUCAUAAAGGAUCGCAACCGAUUCUCGAGUCUGGGGUUUCUCUUCCUAUAACGAAAUAAAAUAAAGCUUCUUAUGCUCAGCUUGCAUCAAACAUCAGCUUUCUCACACAGAAUGCGUCCAUUAUUUACAAUCGAAAUCCCAUCUUACCAAUCACACAAAAAUAAUGCUUCAACUGGGUCUUCGACCAAUAAACUCCCUGAAAACAAAAAUAGCUCAAAAGAGUGCAUUUCCAGAGCAGAAACCAAGACCGAACAACUUGGGAAAUUUGGUCCGGACUUGAAUGCUCUUGAAGGGGGAACACAAAAGCUUUUGAGAGAUCAGACGAGUCUUAAUUUCAAUCUCUUGGGUCGUCUUCAGAGGCCACAGAUAUCAUCCUCGCCACAGGGACGCCCUUCGGUACGAGGACCUCUUCAGCAUCCAUAUACGCAUUUUCAGCAACCAUCUAACUCGGGUCGAUUUUCUGCUAAUCAUGAUGUUGGGAUUGGAGCAGUGGAUGUUGAAAUGAGCGACGCGCCGGAUAUUAAUGGUACAAAACUGGCCAUUGUCCUGAAGGAAAAUGGUCGUCAGAAUGAAGAUGCAGUUCCAGCUUCCACCCACUCACCAAUCACUGCCUUUAACAUUCAGAACCUGGUACUAUCUCCAUCAAAGAUACCACACCAUUCAACCUCAAAUACGAAAAUUAAUAGUGCCCAACAUCCGGCCCUUAAAACCAUUACAACCAAUAUUAGCGAUCAAAUCGAGCUCGAAAUAUCCCACUUGAUAGUAAAAAAGCAUAACGAGCUGCGGCUGAUAGAAUCUGAACUAGCUAAAGCACAAAUAAUGCUCGAACAACUUCGACGCGUACAUUUAAGGCCAUUUAACCUUGUUCAGAAUGAAAAGGGGGAGGUAUAUGCGGUGAGGUUUGUGGUGAGGUCAUAUAGUGGAGAGAGAAAGAGAAAAAAGACGAUUGAAAAAAGACAGAUGAGAGAUGUGAAGGCUGCUGAGGAAUUAGAGAUGGAGGAAAGAAAGAAAGGUGGGAGUGGUAUGGGGUUGAGGAAUAGGUAUGUUAGGAGGUGAGGGACUGAGGGCUAGGAUAGCCUCAUAGGAAGACAGAAAUGAAGUUGGUA